AAGAAGCCAUGGAUCUGAAGCAGAAGGAAAGUCACGGCGUUGACCAUGUCGACGUUGCGACUAUGAACGAUUCACAUCUGCAACCACCCGAAGCAUCGACGCUGCCGUGGUACAAGCAGACAGAGCUGAGGAAGCUCUACUUCAUGUUGGUCUUCCUCUUCCUCGGCUCGACGACACUGGGAUAUGAUGGAAGCUUGUUGAACGGACUUCAGACCAUGCAAUCAUGGCAGACCUUCUUUGAACACCCCACGGGAAGUCGACUCGGGAUCUUCGGUGCCAUGCCGGGCUUUGGCGGUCUCUUCGUCCUCCUCUUCGCGCCCUACAUCGCCGACGGCCUCGGCCGAAAAUGGGGCACCGCCAUCGGCUGUAUCUUCAUCGUCUUUGGUGCACUUCUGCAGUCAUUCCCCGUCGGAUCCGCUUCCAGAAGAGACGCAAUGUACCUCAUCGGCCGCUUCAUCAUGGGCGCGGGAUCCAAUAUCUCCAACGGCACUUGUCCUCUUCUCAUCACGGAAGUUGCACACCCGCAACAUCGCGGCAAGGUUACGACGCUUUACAACACGCUUUGGUACUUGGGCAGUAUUAUUGCGGCCUGGUCUUGCUUCGGAACACUCACAAAGCAGUCCGGCGAUCUCCAAUGGCGGCUACCCACAGGAUUACAGUGCAUGAUGCCGGGCAUCCAGUUGAUGGCCAUCUGGUUCCUCCCCGAGAGUCCCAGAUGGUUGAUCAGUAAGGGCAAGGAGGCCGAGGCGAAAAAGGUUCUCAUCAAGUACCACGGCAACAACAACGAGAACGACGAAUUUGCGCACUGGGAGUUUGCCGAGAUCACCAGCACUCUGCGGCUUGAAAAGGAAGCCUCGGCGCAGAGUGGAUGGAUGGAACUCGUCCGCACCCCGGGAAACCGCAAGCGUUGUGGGCUCAUUAUCGCGACGGCUGUCUUCUCGCAGUGCAGUGGUAAUGGCCUGGUGUCAUACUAUCUUGCUGUAAUUCUCAGCACCAUUGGCAUCAAAGACUCCAUCACACAAUCAUACAUCAACGGUGGCCUUACCAUCUGGUGCUGGCUCGUCUCGCUUACCGCCGCCUUCUUCGUCGACAGAAUCGGACGCCGGGUCCUCUUCCUCUUUGCCGGCGUCGGCAUGCUUAUCUCAUUUUCCAUAUGGACGGCCUGCAGUGCAGUAUACGCCCAAACCCAAUCCUCAUCCGCCGGGAUCGCCGUCGUGGCCAUGAUAUUCGUCUUCUACGGUGUUGCGGGAGCCGCUUGGCCCGGUUUGACCGUCUCCUACACUGUCGAGAUCCUGCCGUACAACAUUCGCGCCAAGGGCCUCACUUUGUGUUUCUGCUUCACUGCGUUGAGUGGUGUCUUUAACCAGUGGGUUAAUCCCUUGGGGCUUGAGCAGCUGGAGUGGCAUUUUUACUUCGUCUACAUUGCCAUUUUGGUCAUCGAGUGUUUGGUCAUAUACUUCUUCUUCGUGGAGACGAGAGGUCCUACGUUGGAAGAAAUUUCGAUGCUUUUCGACGGCGAAGAUUCCGCAACUGGCGUUGCGAGGGUCCAUGCUCAGGCAAAGGUCGAGGAAGUCGAGAAGAGACAGAGCGCCUAAUGAUCUCAAUGAAGUUUCCGGCCAUAGUUUGCAUGUAAGCAUGUACUUUUGCCGAAAAGCAGCUAGUUCAAUCAGCCACGUAGCCAAGUUCAAACCACUGUGCUCGUGGAGAUUUUAAUUUCAAAAGCAUUGUAAUUUCCUGCAUGGUUCCAAGCUAAGCCUAC